AUGAUUUGUACAAGAAAAGAAGCAAUUGCUAAUAACUAUUACAGUUUCGUGUCGCGUGUCAACCCCAAGACAGCAAACGACCACGUCAUCCUUGGAGUCCUCGGCUACAAGCCUCGUGAGUUUGCCGCCCAGAUGAACUUGAACCUGAACAACGGUUGGGCCAUUGUCCGCACUUUCGUUGAUAUGGUCAUGUCGCAAGACGAGGACGAGGCCAAGUUUGUGCUUGUCAAGGACCCCAACAAGCCCACCAUUCGCCUCUACAACGUCCCUCGCGAUACUUUCGAGGAGGAAGAGGAGAUGGCUGGUAUUGAUGAGGAGUAA